AUGGAUGACUUCUACCUUUUUGCAAACUGUAAUUUCGUACCAGAUCAAUACGCAGCAUGGCAAGCCGCCUACGACGACCUCGCAACCUACGUCUACGCCAAAGAACCCACAACAAAGACCUACUACUUUGGCAUCCCCCUCGACUACGCCCACGACUUCAACAAGACGACAAGCAUGCUAGCGUUCGAAGUCUACAGACGCAGAGAGGACUUGUACACGACGCAUCUGAAUUCCUCCGCCAUGUCGACCUUCCUCAAACGCAUCGCACCAACGACAACAACCAACCUCGACCUCUCCCACUACCGCCUCACCGCCGGCUUUCUCGAUCUACCCAGCACCACAGUCGAAGCGGGCAUCAUACAAAACAUACGCAUAACCUGCGUUUCCUCCUCUACCCGCACGUCACUUCUCACCCACCUCUCCCAGCUCGUCAACAACGUUUACCAAGAGGAAUUGGCGAAUGAUGGAAAUGGUGGUGUACUCACGUACAUGGUCUUUUUGUGUCUCGAUGAUGAUGUUGGAGUGAGAGUACUGGGAAGGUGGAGGAACAGGGAGGAUAUGGAGGGUUUUGUGAGGAGGACGGAUUUAGGGUUGUUGUGGCAGGGGCAAAAGGCGGGGGUGGCUAGGAUGGAGCAGAGAUAUUAUGUGCCGAAUGGGAAGGGGUGGUUGCAUAGGGGUGGGGCAAGGGCGAAGGGUGGAUUGAAUGCUAAGAGCUGA